CUUGGAAAGUCUGGGUUCCCUCCCACCCUUCCCUGUGGUCUCGUGGCAGUCGGAGCUCAGUUGUUGUCUUUAAGGAGACUUUUAGGGACUAAGAGAGGACAACAUGGCAUCCCAGAAGCUGUGUUUGAAGGUAAUAGGGCUGGCUGUGCUGCUGACUCUAACAGCUCUCAGAGAUGUAUCCAGUGACAGUAACUUACUCAAGAUCUUAAGGAAAAGAGAUGUAGCAGAAACCAGUAACGCCCCGUCAAAGUCUUCCGUUGCCAUCCCGUCAUCCAAGGCCCAAGAAUUCCUGGCAAAGCUGAGCAGAAACAGGAGGAACGUUUGGGAUCGCAGCAGACCCGACGUCCAGCAGUGGAUCAUGCAGUUUAUGCAAAUGGGAUUUGAUGAGCAGAGGUUGGAGGCUGAUCUGCAGUACUGGAUGGAUCAUGCACGCUCCAAUGACCAAGGGCGCCAGCAUCACUAUGAUGAAAACUCCCCCAUGGGCCCACGUGACACCGCAUCUUACAGACACGGAGCAAAUGUCAACUACGACUAUUAUUAACACCUGUUACACACACACACACACACACACACACACAGUGUGUUGCCAUCACUCUGGAGGAAAUUAAACUGACUUGCAAAGUAA